AUGGCGGUGACCGUGGCUAUGGCCUUAGACGUGGAUCGGGAGGUAAAGAAGACACUCGACGACGGGGAGAUGUUGCGAGGCCUAUUAGGUCUCGCAACGGAAGGCGGAGCGGGAGCAGGCGGAGGAGGAGGAGGAGAAGGGACUGAUGUUCAACAAUCGAAAGGAGGAUCGUUGGAGUUGAACGGGAAGGGAGCGCUUGCGCCGGAGAUUCACGCGUGCUUGGGUCGCCUUGAAGCGAGGUUUGGCGGAGGGAGGACGGCGGUUGAGGCGAUUGAACAAUGGGUGAAUUCUCAGGUGGAGAAUAAGGUGUCAGGAUCGGUGCCAAGUGGUGGGGAACGGCUGGACAAGGUGAGCGCCCCGACAGCUGUUGGUGUGGUUGACGGGGCGAGCGAAGCAGGCGAAGUCGAACGAGCUGUGAUUGCGGAAGCUGUAUCAGCCACCGGCGAAAACUGGUUACCAGGUAAACUGGCGGCUGGUUCGCUUGAGAAGCAACAGGCGCAAUCAAAGGUCGGUCUUGCUCGGGGCCUGGAGCCCUGGGCUGGUACUAACGGGGAUGCUCUUAAAGGAGCGCUGCUGCAACUCUUGGAGAAGGAAGAGGCGCGGCUGGAGGGAGGCAUCCAACGGCUAGAAAUCGAUUCCGAGCGUAAGAUCUGCGAUCUGAGGGAGGAGAUGGAGCGAGCGGUGAGCGGCGAGGGGAGGAAGCGGGAAGCUGAGCUGGACCGGAUGGUGAAUCUGCUUAUAACGGAGGCGGCGCACAGGCAACAGCUGGAAGAGGAGAUUAAAGCCGUGCAGGAGCAGUGGGCGAAGAAACUCGAGGAGGCACGGGCGCAGCAGCAGGCGCAGCAGCUAGAGGAAAUGGCAAGGGUGAGGAGAGAGAUGGAGGAGAUUAGGGAGCAAUGGCGGGCGCAGCAGGAGCAAGCGAACGACGCGCUGAGGGCAGAGAAGGAAGCGGUGAGGAAACAGAUGGAGCAGAUGCGCGAGGAGUGGCGCGUGCAGCAGGCUCAGGCAAACGAGGCUUUAAUUGGUCCUAUGGAGGAGAUUCGCGAGGAGUGGAGAGCUGCGGGCCUGGGCGGGAGGGUGAAAAACCUGGAGGAGCGGCUGGACGGGGUGGAGAGCGGUGAGCAUGACAUGGAGAGCCGGAUUUUGCAGAAGGUGUCUGAAAUGAGGGUAGAGGCUGGGCUGGAGGUGGAUAGGGUUGAGAAGAUCGUUAGUGAGAAGGUGGAUGGGCUGAAACAGGAGCUGGACGGGAGGAUUGAGGGGAGUCAGCAGAAGGUAGAGCAGUUGGAGGAGCUUUGGAUGGGUGCGGAUGUGCCUGGGAUGGUUGCGCGGAUUGAAACGGGGGUGAAGUGUAAUAAGAUUGUGAUUGAAGCGGUGGAUAGGCGCGUGAGGGAGCAGGCGGAGGGGCAGGAGAGGUUAAUGGAGGAGGCGGAGAGGAAAGCGAGGAUGGUUGAGGAGAGUGUGGAGGAGAGAGUGAGAAAGGUGGAGGAGAGUGUGGGGGAGAGAGUGGGUAAGGUAGAGGAGAAUGUGAAGAAAAUAGAGGAGAGUGUGGGAGAGAGAGUGAGGAAGCUUGAGGAGAGUGUGGGAGAGAGAGUGAGGAAGCUUGAGGAGAGUGUGGGAGAGAAGGUGGUGAAAUUAGAAGAGGGUAUGGAGGAGAGGGCUAAGAGGGUGGAAGAGAGUGUGAUGGCGGGAGUGAGGAAUCUAGAGGAGGUGGUUAAGGAGGUGGAGAAACUUGAAGAGAAGAGCGUUGAGGAGAGAGUGGGGGAGGUGGCGGGGAGUGUUGAGGAGCGUGUGAAAGAAAUUGAAGGGAAAUUAGAAGAUAGGCUGAAGAAGGUAGAGGAGAGUGUGGAGGAGAGAGUGAGAAAGAUUGAGGAGAGUGUGGGGGAAAGCGUGAGGAAGGUGGAGGGUGUGGAGAAGGUGGGGGAAGCAGAGAAUGGUAUAGAGGAGAGGGUGAAAGGAGCAGAAGCGAGUGUGGAGGAGCGAGUGGGGAGACUGGAGGGGAGUGUGGCGGAGAGUGUGAGGGAGCUGAGGGGGGAGAUCAACGCUGUGGGACAGCAGGCUGCGGAGGUGGGGAGAGUGGUGUUGGAAAUUAGCAAGGCGGUUGCAGAGCAGGUACGAGUGGGGAGGCUGGGGGGGAGUGCGGAGGGGACUGUGGAGGAGAGUGUGAGGGAGCUGAAGGGGGAGAUAGACGCCGUUGGGAGCCAGGCUGCGGAGGUGGGGAGAGUGGUGUUGGAAAUCAGCAAGGCGAUCAGCAGCAAGAUUAGCAACGAGGUUGCAGCAACAGCAAGCGAGGGGGUGGAGGGGAGUGGACUUCUGGCGGAGGUGGUUCUGAUUGGUCGGGAGGUGGCGAGUGUGGGAGCAGCAAUAGCUGCGGGUGUUAAGGAGCAAGAGGGGAGGAAGGAGGAGGUUAAGUGUCUAGAGGACGUGGUGCUGAUUGGUCGAGAAGUGGCCCGGGUGGCAGCAGAAAUUGCCAAGGUUGGAAAAGACCAAAUGCACGGAAUCAAAUCUGAGGAGGAAAUCAAAUCUCUGAGUGCAGCUGAGCUGGCAGCGGCUGGUGUGGUGCAGCAGCAGCAGCAGCAGCAGCAGCAGCAGCAGCCGGAAGUAGUGGCAGCAGCUUUGGACGAAGCUUCCAAGAAGGUCGAGCACCUGCAGGAGCCAACAGCAGCAGCAGCUUUGGGCGAACCUUCCAAGAAGGUGGAGCACCUGCAGAAGCUCCUGGAAGAGCAGCAGCACAAGGCUGACGCGGCAGCUGCUGACGUGGCAUCCACGAUCCAACAGCUUUCAGAUAAAAUCUCCGCGUUGGAGCUGAAGCAGGCGCAGACCACGUCAGCAGCAGCAUCAGCCGCGUCAGCAGCGUCAGCCGCUGUUGCAGUGACCCACGCUGCGUUCCCCCGUGCUGCGUCCGUAGGGGCGAGUGUUCUGACCUCCCCUGGAGGCCCUAAGACGAUCACAGCAGCGGCAGAGGCGGCGGCUGCGAUUGUGGCGGACCGAGGGUGGGUGCAGCAGCAGCUGUCAGAGCAGGAGGAGAAGUUAAGGUGGAGAAUGGAGGCUUUGCAACGAAUGGCGAGUGUUUCCUUGGAGAAGGCGCAUAAGCAGGCUGAAGAGGGCGCUGCGAUUCUUGCAGCUCGGGUGGGACAGCUGGCGGUGCGGGCGGCAGAUUUUGACAGUAUGCUGAAGCAGGUCCAAGAGGUGAUGGCGGCGCUGGCUGCGCGAGUGCGGGGGGUGUUGGAGCAGCAGGUUGGGAGAAACGCGGAAAUAGAAGCGCUGGUGGGAUGGAAAGCGAGGAUUGAGGGGGUUUUGGAGCAGCAGGCGGGAAGAAACGCGGAGAUAGAUGCGCUAGUGGCACUGAAAGCGCGGAUUGAGGGGGUUUUGGAGCAGCAGGCGGAGUGGAAUGCUCGUGUUGAUGCGAUGAUGAAGGAGGUGGGGGAGAAGGUGGGAGGGCUGGUGGAUGGGGAGGCUCGCUCCCCAUCUGGUGAUGUUGCCCCGUCUGCAGCCCCAUCUGGUGAUGUUGCCCCGUCUGCAGCCCCGUCUGCAGCCCAAUCAUCACCAUCAUCACCACCACCAUCACCAUGUGCAGCACCAACGUCACCAUCCGCCGCCGCAGCAGCAUCGACUUCCCUAGCUGCAUCCAUUGCAAGCCAGGUGGAGUUGCUAUGCUCAGACUCCCAGGAGCAAGAGUCUUCCAAGUCAACUCAAGCGCCUUCUGAGUCAACUCAAGAGCCCUCUGGGUCAACUCAACAGCCUUCUGAGUCAACUCAAGUUCCUUCUAACUUGCCUCAAGAGCUGCCGCUGCAGAGUACUUUUGAAACGCCCCAGGACUUGUCAGCUCAGGUGGAGGAGCUGCCACGCAGCAAGUCCCAGGAGCAGCAAGCGCCUUGCGAGUCGACUCAGCAGGAGUAUGUCGAGUCAAUUCAGCAAGAGCUGCAGCCGCAGAGCACUCCUGAAACACCCCAGGACUUGACAGCGCAAGUGGAGGAGCUGCUACGUUCCCAGGCCCAGGAGCAGCAAGCGCAGCAAGAGCUGCAGCCGGAGAGCACUCCUGAAACACCCCAGGACUUGACAGCGCAAGUGGAGGAGCUGCUACGUGCCCAGGCCCAGAAGCAGCAAGCGCAGCAAGAGCUGCAGCCGCAGAGCACUCCUGAAACACCCCAGGACUUGACAGCGCAAGUGGAGGAGCUGCUACGUUCCCAGGCCCAGGAGCAGCAAGCGCAGCAAGAGCUGCAGCCGCAGAGCACUCCUGAAACACCCCAGGACUUGACAGCGCAAGUGGAGGAGCUGCUACGUUCCCAGGCCCAGGAGCAGCAAGCGCAGCAAGAGCUGCAGCCGCAGAGCACUCCUGAAACGCCCCAGGACUUGACAGCGCAAGUGGAGGAGCUGCUACGUGCCCAGGCCCAGGAGCAGCAGGCGCCUUCCCAGUCAACUGAUCAAGAGGUGCAGCAGCAGCCGCAGUUCACUCUUGAAACGCCACAGGACUUGUCAGCGCAAGUGGAGCUGCUGCGUGCCCAGGCCCAGGAGCAGCAGGCACAGCUGCUGCAGCUGCAGCUGUCCCUCGAGGAGAACGCCAAGCAGCUGGCUCUGCUUGAGAGGGCGUGCCGAGAGAAAGAGAAAGAAAAGGCCGGUGCUGCUGCUGUGACUGUUGAGGUGGGUUCAGAGGAGCAGGCGAAGCAGGAGGGUUUGGUGGAAAGGGAGUGUCUGGAAAAGGCCGGUGCUGCAGCUGUGACUCUUGGAGAGACUCCAGAGGAACAAGCGCGGCAAGUGGCUGUGUUGGAAAAAGCGUGCAAGGUGAUGGCCGACGCUGCUGCUGUUCUUGAGUCUACGGAGGUGCCAGCUAGGGGUUGUGAAGAGGGGGCGUGUCAGGAGAAAGCCAGUGCUGCUGUGACUGUUGAGUCGACUCCAGAGGAGCACGCAAGGCAAGUGGCUUUGUUGGAAAAAGCGUGCAAGGUGAUGACAGAUGCUGCUGCUGUUCUUGAGUCCACGGAGGUGCCAGCUAGGGGUUGUGCGGAGAGUAGGGAGCGCAAGGAGAGAGUGGGUGCUCUUGAGUCGAUAAGAGUGGGUGCUCUUGACUCGACACCGCAGGUGUCUGCUAGUGAUUGUGGAGAGAAGGCGGGCAUUGCUGCUGCUGUUGUUUCAGAGUCAACACAGGUGUCAGUUUGUGCAUGUGAAGAGAGCAGGGAGUGUAUGGGGAGAGUGGAUGCUCUGGAGUUGACUCAGAAGCAGCAUGCCCAGCAGCUAGCUCUGCUGGAAAGGGUGUGCAGGGAGAAAGCAGAGGCUGCUGCGGCUCUUGAGCUGGCUCAGGAGCAGCACGCCAGGCAGCUCGCUGUGCUUGAAAGAAUCUGUCGGGAGAAGGCAAACGCUGCUGCAACUCUCGAGCUGACGCAGAGGCAGCAUGCCAGACAGCUAGCCGAUCUGGAAAGGGUGUGCAGGGAGAGGGUGGAGAGUGAAGGUGAGAGGGAGAGGCAGCAGCAUCAGGAGCAGCAGCAGCAGCAGGAGCAGCACGCCAGGCAGUUGGCUGUACUGGAGAGAAUGUGCAGGGAGAAAGCAAAUGCUGCUGCAACUCUUGAGCUAACGCAGAGGCAGCACGCGAGGCAAUUGGCCGAUCUGGAAAGGGUGUGCAGGGAUAGGAUGGAGAGCGAAGGUGAGAGGGAGAGGCAGCAGCAGCAAGAGAGUGCCUUGGUGGUGCCUCAGCAGGAAGGGCGGCAGCAGCAGCAGCAGCCGGAGGAGGAGUGCGCAUUGGCAGUGCAGGAACUGCGAAAGAAGUGGGAGGGCAUGAAGAGUGCUGGUGGGAGUGCAGCAGGAGCAGCAACAGUGGGAGGGGCAGGCACAGGUUCCUCCCUCCGCCACGCCACAGCUCUCCCCGGCUUGUCCGGCCUCCACCUUCGGGGAUGCACUGGGGUUACCACUGAAGGGGUGUUACAGAUCGGCCGGUUGACUUCCAUUGACUCGCUUGACCUGAGCUAUACUCCUGUAGGGGAUGCGGGGCUGAGGUGCCUCGAGCCGCUGGUGAUGCUGAGGGAGUUGGAUCUCAGCGAGUGUAACCUGGCGCUGACUGUUGUGGGCUGCUCCCGACUCACCGACACCGCUCUGCACCACAUUGCACACCUCUCCCGCCUCCAAGCCCUCGACCUGAGCUUCACUAGGAUCACAGGCGAGGGUCUGGUGUCUCUUAAAGCCCUGUCUUCUUCUCUUAACGAGUUGGUUCUUAGUGGGUGUGAGCAGCUGGGGGUGGAAGACAAGGGGAAGGGGAGGAAGGGAGGGAAGGGGGGAGGGAAGGAGGGAGGGGAGGAGGGAGGGGAGGAAGCGGGCUUGGCACACCUCCGUCCCCUCGCCUCCUCCCUCACUUCCCUCAAUCUCUCCUGGUCGGGUGUGUCUGACGAGGGGUUGUGCCAGCUGGCGGGGUACGAUUGGCUGGAGGAGCUGCACCUGAGCGGCCCGAACGUGACCCCGCUCGGGCUGAGGCAGGUUCGGGGGCUUCCGAGGCUGAGGAAGGUUCGGCUGUGGUCUGUGACUAGUGAGGUGCUGGCUGCUGCUAGGGAUGUGCUCUUGGGGGUGGUGGUGUAUUGA